AUGAAGAAAACUACCUGGAAUAGAAAGAACUUUCUGCUUGUAGCAGGACUGUCACUUAUAGGUGUCCAUUUGGGAAGCAUGGUUGUAAACUAUGUUGCAAAAAAGUCUGCUCAAUCUCAAUCAGAAGCUAAGAGAUCAUCCUGAAUGAAAUAGCUUCCUGCUGUCACUAUUUAUCAGUUUUGUAACAUGAUUAAAGCCUUGUUUUAAGAGCUCUGUCAUGAGUAGUUUCAGGAAUGUUAUAUAUACUGUUUCACACUGAAAAUAAUAAUCCUUACCAGCAAAGAAUUAAAAUGUACUACUCUUAAAAGUGCAAUGAAUUAUUGAUCCAAGUAAAAAUGAAAUGUUUUGUUGGCUAGAAUUAAAACCUUACCUUCAAAAUGUCUCGCCUUGAAGCUAAAAA